CCAUCACUCCUCUGCCCGCUCCGGUAGCGUCGUUCGUGGCGUUCGAGCUAUACGAGUCUGCUUCGAUGUCGUCCAUGGCGCCGCCCCCGCCGUUCGCGCAGGUGGUGGACGACCUGAUCAAGGGGCAGCAGUUCGCGGCGCAGCUGCAGGAUCUCCUCCGGGCCUCGCCCAAGGCGGGGCUCAUCGUCGACCAGAUCCUCCACACCUUCUCCCGUGCCAUCCACGCCGCCGAGGCCGCCGCCGCCACCACUGCCGGCGAGUGGUCGUCGGACGUGCAGAGCGAGGUCACUGACGGCGGAAGCGGAGGCGGGAAGAGAAAGUCCGCCGCUGGAGGAGGGGACCGCAGGGCUUGCCGGAGAAAGACCCAGCAAUCCUCCGUUGUCACGAAAACCUUGAAGAGCUUGGAGGACGGGCUCUCAUGGCGCAAGUACGGCCAGAAGGACAUACAGAACUGCAAGCACCCAAAGGCCUACUUCCGGUGCACGCACAAGUACGACCAGCUCUGCGCGGCGCAGCGCCAGGUGCAGCUCUGCGAGGACGACUCUGGCACGUAUAAGGUCACCUACCUCGGCGUCCACACCUGCCAGGACCCCGCCGAUGUCCCGCCGAACGUACACCACCAGACGAGCACCUCCGAUGCCCUUCACGCCGGCUUCCACCUCAUCAGCUUCGCCCCCAACGCCGUCGCCACUCCCGCCUCCACCACCAGCACCAUGACAACGAGCACCACCAACUACCAGCUUACGGCCGGCCCAUCGAUCGGGUCCGGCCCGCAGAGCCUCAAGCUGGAGGGCGGCGACCACGAGGAGGUGCUCAGCAGCAACACCCCCGGCUGCUCUGCCCUGCGCAGCACCGCCGGGGCGGCCACGGCGCCAACUUGGCCGGCGGACCAGGGCGACGUGACCUCCGCACUUCAGUACGAUGGCGACGUCCACUUGGGAGAUCAGUUCUUUCCCGAUGAUUAUAGCAUGUACUCGUAUCUUCUUGACGACCUACCACCGUACCAUUAUUAAUCGUUGAUGAUCACUGAUCGAUCGAGCUGUAGUAGCUCGAGAGGUACCCCAAGGAUCGAUCCAUGGACUUGUAUAUAUUAGUUGAUAGGCCAUGCUAGUCGGCAAGGAUUACAACAAGGGUUCU